AUGAAAGACCUCUCUCCCAUGGACACCUCGCGCCUCGGCCAGCGGCACCGCCCCUCCAACGCGGGCAGCUACCUCGGCGACGACGAGCUCUCGGCGCCGCUGCCGCGGCACUCGGACGCGCGGUUCCGGCUCUUCCAGCGCCUGCAGGGCAUCCACGCGCCCACCCAGUUCGUCCUCCAGCGGUUCCUCGACCAGGCCGCCGAGGGCGGUCGUCCCGGCAGCGGCGUAGGGCGUGCCGCGGCAAAGCUGCGGACAUGCCUGCAGUGGCGCAAGGCGGCGGCGCUGGACGACCUGCGGAGCAAGUGCUGGAGCCACUACUACGACGGCUUCGCCUACGUGAGCGUCCACUACGCCGGGGGCGCCGGCGAGGCGGGCGAGCGGCGGAACGUGCAGUGCGAGAAGGUCUGCUGGAGCGCGAGCCUGGCCCCCCCAGGGGAAGGAGCGGUGGUGGUGAAGAGGGAGGGCCGGGAGAGGACCCGGGCGGCGGUCAUACACUACAUCUACCACAAGAAGGAGCAGCAGCACCAUUGUAUCUUUCAGAACAUGGCAGCAAACAAGGACAGCGUGUGGGAGAAAGCUUACAUUGUUCACUGGGGAUCUAGGUUCAACCGCUACCGCCUGGCGCUCGUCGAGCUCGCCGUCGCCAGCCUGCAGCUCGACCAGGUCCAGUGGCGCCAGCUGGGCAGCAGGGCGGAGCGCGCCCGGUUCCGCGUCCACCAGGUGCACGACUUCAAGUUCACCGACAUGUUCCCGCGGCUGUCCGAGGCAGCCUUCCGCGAGGCGGACGCGCGGCUCGCCCGGGUCCUCGCCGAGAACUACGCCGGGCUCAUGGGCGAGCAGUUCCUGUACCGCAUCGCGCCGGCGCGGCGGUACGACUACUGGGUCCCGCGCGGCCUCUACGUGCCCGACAGGCUGGGCGUCGUGCUGCGCUCGCGCAAGGUCUGGCGCAAGGAGGACCUCGGCGGCCAGCUGGCGGAGCUGCUGGGCAAGCCCGUCCACCACAUCGCGUCGGAGCUGGGCGGCUCGAUGCCCGGGCUCGAGCCGACGCGGCGCCAGCCGCAGGUCAUGCCGUGCUGUCUCAAGGGCCCGCCGGUGCGCAGGCAGAGCGCGGUGGAGGCUCGCCGUCGGGAGGACAGCGACGGGACGGAUGACGAGGGCGAGGUUCCGCACGAUGAUACGAUCCAGGGAGGCUGGUCGAGGCGGAGCUAUUGA